CGCCCCCGCCGGUGGCUCGAGGCCAGAUGGCGUCAGCAGCGGUGCUGCGUAGUAACCGACGCUCCCUCAGCCGCUGCUUCUUCUCCGCAGCCGCCUCUUCGCCUCCGCGCGCCAAAAUGGAGGCCGCUUCGUCGUCGGGAGCCGCGGCGGCCUCUCCUCCGCCUUCCCCCGUUUGGCUGGGCUCGCUCCGCUUCGACAACCGGGCGCUGCGGGCCCUCCCUCUGGACCCCAGCGAGGAGAACGUGCCCCGCCCGGUGCCGGGAGCGUGCUUCUCGCGAGUACGGCCCACGCCGCUGGCCAACCCGAGCCUGGUGGCGGCCUCCGCGCCGGCGCUGGCGCUGCUGGGCCUGAGGGAGCCGCGGACGGAGGCGGAGAAGGCCGAGGCGGCGCUGAACUUCAGCGGGAACCGGCUCCCGCCCGGCGCCGAGCCCGCCGCCCACUGCUACUGCGGGCACCAGUUCGGGAGCUUCGCCGGGCAGCUCGGGGACGGCGCCGCCAUCUACCUGGGCGAGGUGCUGAACGCGGAGGGAGAGCGCUGGGAGGCGCAGCUCAAGGGCGCCGGCCUCACGCCCUUCUCCCGACAAGCAGAUGGCCGUAAAGUUCUACGAUCAAGCAUAAGAGAAUUCCUUUGCAGUGAAGCAAUGUUUCAUCUUGGAAUACCCACAACCAGAGCUGGGACAUGUGUAACUUCUGAUUCAGAAGUUAUUCGGGAUAUUUUUUAUGAUGGAAAUCCAAAGAAAGAAAAAUGUACAGUUGUCCUGAGAAUAGCCCCAACUUUUAUUAGGUUUGGAUCAUUUGAAAUUUUUAAACCUGCUGAUGAAUAUACAGGACGCAAAGGCCCCAGUGUUAAUAGAAAUGACAUCCGAAUACAAAUGCUUGAUUAUGUAAUCAGUACUUUCUAUCCAGAGAUCCUUGAAGCACAUCCGGACAAUAAAGUUGAGCGGAAUGCUGCUUUUUUCCGUGAGAUAACACGACGGACAGCAAGGAUGGUUGCUGACUGGCAGUGUGUUGGAUUUUGCCAUGGUGUGCUCAACACUGAUAAUAUGAGCAUAGUUGGAGUCACAAUCGACUAUGGACCAUUUGGAUUUAUGGACAGGUAUGAUCCUGAACAUAUUUGCAAUGGUUCUGAUAACACAGGACGCUAUGCUUAUAACAAACAACCAGAAGUUUGUAAGUGGAAUCUAGGCAAACUUGCUGAAGCCUUAGUUCCAGAACUUCCAUUGGAGAUCAGCAUACCCAUUCUGGAGGAAGAGUACGAUGCGGAAUUUGGGAAACAUUAUUUGCAGAUUAUGAGAAAGAAGCUAGGAUUGAUCCAGCUUCAGUUAGCUGAAGAUGAUAAAUUGGUUUCUGACUUCUUAGAAACUAUGCAAGUCACAGGUGCAGAUUUUACAAACACUUUCCACUUGCUGAGCUCUUUUCCAGUAGAGUCAGAUCCUUUAAAACUAGAAGACUUCUUAGACAAGAUUUCAAAUCAGUGUUCAUCUUUAGAAGAACUUAAAGUUGCUUACAGACCUCAGAUGGAUCCCAGGCAACUUUCAAUGAUGCUGAUGUUAGCACAGUCUAACCCACAACUGUUUGCCCUAAUCGGAACAAAAUCCAAUAUAAAUAAAGAAUUGGAACGCAUAGAACAGUUUUCUAAGCUGCAGCAGUUAACAGCAUCUGAAUUACUAAGUAGAAAUAAAGGACACUGGAAAGAUUGGUUACAGAAAUACAAAGCUCGACUUGAAAAAGAAAUGGAACAUGUUAGCAGUGUUGAUACCUGGCAUGCUGAACACGUAAAAAUUAUGAAUUCAAACAAUCCAAAAUAUAUUUUAAGAAACUACAUUGCUCAAAAUGCAAUAGAGGCAGCUGAAAAUGGUGACUUCAUGGAGGUUGAGAAAGUCUUAAAACGCUUAGAAAAGCCCUAUGAAGAAUGUUACAGUGAAGUCAUGGAGGAAACUGAAGAAGAAGUAGAAGAAGAUGUCGCUGCUGCUGCUGCGUCUGUGGCUUGCAGUUCAACCACCCGACGGAGAGUGCCAUAUAGCAGUAAACCUCCCCUCUGGGCUUCUGAACUUUGUGUUACAUGAUCAUCGUAACAGCCUUGUUGGUAUUUUCCACAAAGAGGUCAAUCUAGUGGAGAGUGCAGCGAGGCACCACAGAAGUGCUAUUAGCUCUCAAACAGACAGUUUGGAUAUAUUCACAGUAUCACCUGAGCCAUGUUCAUUUUAUGAGAUGACAAUCAGCUGAUCUGGAGACAGACCAAAGUUUUAAUCUUCCCAUCAUGCACAAAGUGCUUUUAUAUUUUUACGCACAAUGCUCUGCGAAUGUCCAAGCAAAGUCUGUGUUUUUGAAGACAAAAAUAGAAAACCAGCUGCUGGCUGUAUUUUUGUCUGAAAAUGAAUUAAUAGUACUUCUUACGUUUAUAACACUUUUCUUAUGCAGGGAUAUUUUGAUUCUCGGUGAGGAUGAAUUUAAACACACCAUUGCUUAUUUGAAGCUAUGUUUCAUUUAAUUAUGUAGUUCAUUUAUUGUGAACUUUCACCUUUAUAUCAUGUUUUUAGAUAGGUCAAUGGGGAAGCAAUAGCAAUAAUGUGUAUUACAACUAGAGAAUGUUGGCAAUUAGUAUAAAAUGAGUUUCAAGCUAACUGGUUUGUAUAAACGGCUUAUUUUCAGAUGAGCAUAAAGAUGUAUAUGACCCUGAAGACAUAUCUCCUGUGCUUGUGGUUCAGGGCUGAAUCUAUAUUUUGGCAUUUUUGCAUGCUAUUCCUGUCACUGGAUCAGUAAUAGUGAUAAUAUCAAGGGAUAUUCACUGUUUGUGUCACCAGCUACUUGCUGAACAUUUAAAAUAACUAAAUUUUGCUGUCUUUCCUUUGGUCGAAAAAAGAAAAAAAAUCUGUUGCAGUCUGGGGGUGAUCAGACAUCACUAUAAGCUAGAAGUGUGGCUCAGUGUGACCAGGGCAGCUUCUUGAUUUGUGCAGCCCACUUGGUUCCUGUCUAUGUGGGAACGGCCAAGUAAUGCUUAUUGUCUAAAUCUGGUACUCUGUCAUGCUUCUUUCCUGACCGGCCAGUUAAAUUGGUAGUAAACCAGAGUUUGGCCAUCCCAGUAAGCAGACCAUAGGCGUGUGUGUUCUUGCUUGCCACAGGAGCAUUCAAGCUGUGUACUUGCAUAGGCUGCUCAUAAACAAUGAAUGAAACUUUAUUUGUAGCCCACUCUAUCUCCCCGAAGGGACUCGGGGUGGCUUACAACAAAACACACAAUGGCCAACAUUCAAUGCCAAACAAUAAUAUAUAAACAAAUAAAAAACAACUCAAUAAAUUGUAAAACAACUUAAGUAAACAAAAUGUAAUACAAUACACAUAAUUACAAACAUAUUAAAUCCUUAAAAUCUCAUUAAAAUUUCUAAAAUUAGACUCAAAUUUUUGGAGUGGGGUGAUAAACAACAUAUAAAUAUAUCAACAUUAAAACUAAUAACACAUUUAAAAGCAGACAAAAAUUAACAAGAGCAAUAAGAUCAAUACAAUAUGGCAAUAGCCAUUGAUCAAAAUAUAUAUACAAUCAAUUUAUCCUUCAUUGGCAGCAAUAAAAUGAGAGAAGCAUUGGGGCAAAGAAAAACAUCCAAGCACCCUCCCCCCCCCCCCCAAGCCACAUAAGUCAACGGUAGAAUAUUCAAGUCAGAAAAUGAACCAUUUUUAUUCCCUCCUCAUCACCAUCACAGGUAAUGCAGGAUCUUGGCCAGGGCCAGGUUGGGCUCCUAGAGGAUGCUCUGCCCAACCAGGAAGGUCAGCUUAUGCGUGUAUUGGCAGGGCGCCAGCACACGGAUCAGGCCCAGCCAGUUGUAAUACAUAUGGCAUAGGCGCUGCAUGUGGUCUGGCUUCAGGGCACUGCUAUCAUAAAUCAUGUUAUAAUGCGUUGGUGCAACAGUCUCACAUUUCAUUAACUGAUUCGCAAUGAAGAAAUCAUACCAUUGUGGCAGCUCCAGCUCAUUCAUUCAUAAACAAUAAGCCAUUAUGUCAAACCUAGCCAAUUAUGGAAUAUAACGGUGCAAUUUAAAAUUGUAUUUCUCCCAACUGGACUGUUCUGUCAAAUUGUGCUUAGCAUUUAAACAAGGUCUUGCCCAUUCGGAUUUUGUACAUUCUCAUACUUGCACCUUCUGCAGCCAACUAUUUCCUAUGUUUCAUUUGCACUACCUCAAGAAAUUUUUCUUCAUGCUUUUUUUUCAUGUCACGAGCAACUUGAGAAACUUCAAGUCGCCUCUGGUGUGAGAGAAUUGGCUGUCUGUAAGGACAUUGCCCAGGGGAUGCCCAGAUGUUUUGAUGUUUUACCAUCUUUGUAGGAGGCUUCUCUCACGUGGGGAGCCGGAGCUGACAGAGGGAGCUCCUCCGUGCUCUCCCUGAAUUCGAACCUACAAAAAAAAAUUGAAUAGCAUUUUGACACUAGAAAAUAGCUUGCUUAUUAUGCAUGUAUCUCAGUCUGAAAUAUCAUAAACAUAAUUAUUUUCUAGAUUGGGAAAGGUGGAAUCGUCUCAUAUUCUCCCAUCACUGUACCAAAGAAAGAAGGGAAAAAUUGUCCCUUGAAGCUGACUUCUGAUUGGUCCUAGUUACCUGGCCAGUUUCUUUUCCUUAAGUAGAGCAGAACUACUUGUCUUUGUCCCUCUACUUUGAUUUUAGCCACACCUUUGCUAUAGUGUUCUUUUGGAUUUUAUUCCCCAUUUAACAGUCGUGUCCUUGGUCCGUUGCCUUGGUUUGGGUGCAAGACAACUGACAUUCCUGUCAGGUUAGAAGAUAGUCAAUAACAAAGCCCCUGAAUUAGACUCUACAAACUAUAGAGAGAGCUUGCCUGUGACUAAGGUGAAGUUCUCAGGAGGGCAGAGUUCACUGGUGAUUAUGGACCUUGUGUCUGCUACAGUGAAAAUAAUGCAGUAGGCCACCUCUUAGAUAACAUCGUUCAAUUUGCUAGACAAGAGCCCCAUGUAUUUUGGAACAUCAAGAUCUCAGAAAGUUUGGUCAAACAGGCCAGGGAGCCCAGUGAUAACUCCUUGUCAAAUCUACCGAGUUUCACCUCUCCUGGUGUAUCUCGCUUGUAUCGCCUGCCAUUUUUGCUACAUUUUAAUAACAUUCCUCUAUGUGCAUUUAUCAACAAGGACUGGAACAGAUGCUGAUUUGAUUAUCAGAACGGCAGCACAAUUUGACUGCCAGAGUUCCAUAACUUUCACAGCCCCAAGACAACUUGAUUUUGGUCACAACAGCAGCCAUAAUUCAACCCUUGACUUUAGAAGAUAGACUAGGUCUUCAACUUUCACAGCUCUUUUUCCAUAAAUUUCUUCUUCUGUAGUACAUCCAUUUCCACCUCAGUCUUUGUUUUUAACCUUUCUGCCAUCAGAACAGCUUUCAAAACAUUAGUGUAGUUCUAGACCAAUAAAGAUUCCACACCUUCCCAUUGUGGUUAGUUUUAAGACCUUGUUUAUGAUUUGAGACUUCUUUCUGGCAGUGUCUGUGCCUUCUCACUGUAGGUUGUUUCUACAACUAGGUUUUGAAAAGUUGAACAAAGAUAAGUGAGCCUGAUGGUCAUUCAGCUUUCAGCUUCAAGACAUUAUUUCCCUGUACCAUUAGGUGUGGUUGGGUGCCACAUGCUUGACAUGGAUUCUUCCUGUCCUUUCUACAAACCCAAAAUAUAAAUUGACACACAGAGAGAUAGAUAAAUAGAUAUUCAGUGCAUAAUUCUUUUCAAAUAUGUAAUAAGAGGUCACUAUUUUAAUGGGUCAAUUCAUGGGCUGCUAUAGUUGCAUUCCUAAGCAAUGUUUCUUACAGUACUCUGUUAAACUAAGCAGGAUAUACCUUUGGGAUAACUUAUGUUCGUUGAUCUGGAAAAACUGGAUUUGUGGUGUUGCUUUGACCAGAUGUGUCUUUUCUGUUUUAAUAAUGAAUAUGUAGAUUAGUUGUUUGGAAAGUCAGUGUGGUUGAUAAUACUCCACCGCACUGAUCGCCAGUGUGGCAGAUGGUAAGGGGUGCACAGAAUUCUGAAAAUAAAAUAAAAGUUCUUUUUUCCAUCUGCUUUUCAUUAUUAACAGUUUUAUUUUUAGCAGGCCUUCUGGUUUCUUAUAUAGAGAUUUGAAUAAACAGUGCUCAGGGCAAGUGAUGUGGGUGACAUGCCUGUUACCUGACAGCCAACUUAGUUUACUUCUUGUUGAUUUUUGGCAGUAAAUAUACACCACAUGAAUGUUUUAAAUGAAGCUUUAAGUGUUGCACUUUAUUCUGGAGGGGUGUUGCAAAUUUUCCUUAUUCUGGAUAGAUUGGGAGACAUGGAAACCAUCACCUUGUUUGUUAAAAAAUAAAUUCUUACCAUGUUCAUAUUAAAA